ACAGAAAUCCAUAGAAAAAUAAAAAAAAGAGUAGAGAAUUGAAGGAAGAUGAGUGACACAGGCAUUGCUGAAAGAUGGAAGGUUCUAAGUGGGAGUGAUAACUGGGAAGGGCUUCUGGAGCCUUUGGAUUCGGAUCUCCGCCGCUACCUCAUUCACUACGGAGCCAUGGUUGAAGUCGUAGCCGAUGCUUUCAUCAAUGAAGGAGCUUCCAAAAAUGUGGGAUUACCACGAUAUGCCAGGAGAAACCUCUUUCAAAAUACAGGACUUGUCAAGGGAAACCCUUUCAAAUAUGAAGUGACCAAAUACUUUUAUGCACCGGCUCUAUUAACACUCGAGUUGGGACCUAUAGACUAUACUUAUAAGCAAACAAACUGGAUUGGAUAUGUUGCUGUGGCCACGGAUGAAGGAAAAGUUGGGUUAGGACGAAGAGACAUUGUGGUUGUUUGGAGGGGAACAAUCCGACUCUUAGAGUGGAUUGAUGAUGCCAUAUUCCUUUUUGAUAAUGCCCCAUUAAUAUUUGGCCAAAACUCUGAUCCUCUGGUGCAUAUGGGUUGGUACUCUAUGUAUACCACCACCAAUCAAGAUUCCCCAUUCAAUCAAAAGAGUGCCAGAGAUCAGGUUCGUGAAGAAGUUGCAAGACUUGUUGAGUUAUACAAGGACGAGGAAAUUAGCAUAACCGUGACAGGACACAGCUUGGGUUCAUCCAUGGCAACACUAAACGCAGUAGACCUGGCUGCCAAUCCAGUCAACAAUAAUAAUAAUAAAGAUGUUCCAGUGACUGCUUUCUUGUAUGCAAGCCCCAAAGUAGGGGAUGAGAAUUUUAAGAAAGCCUUCUCUAAUCAACAAAACCUUCGAGCCUUGCGAAUCUCCGACGUCAAGGAUAAAGUUCCAACACUUCCGCCGAUUGGAUGGAAAGUUGGUGAGACCAUAGAUUCAAAAAUAGAUUAUGAAGAUGUGGGGGUGGGCUUGGUGAUUGAAUCUAAGAAAUCCGUGUAUUUGAAGCCUACGGGCCUCAACUAUCACGACUUGAUGCUUUAUAUGCAUGGAGUUGAUUUAUACGAGACGACGCCUACGGGAGACUUUGAUGUUGCCAAAGUUAAUAAGUAUCAGGAUGCUUUGACAGACGAUUAUGUGAAAGAACAUGGUAUACCGGCAGGAUGGUUUAACGUAAAGGAUAAAGGAAUGGUUCAGCAGGAGGACGGGAAUUAUAUCCUUAACGAUCAUGAGACGGAUGAUGAUGAAUGAGAAUCGAUGUUUUAAACAGAAACAGUUUCGUGCAUGCAUGCAAUAUGUGUGUUUGAAUAAAACUAAGUCUUCUGUAGCUUCAUGAAGACCUUUCUAUGCUUAUUGAGUGUGUUUUGAAUAAAAUUGGAGCUAAAAUGAGGCAACUAGCCGCUUGUGGCUAGGAUAGCUGUCUAGUCCAAUGCAUGUUUGUAUAUAUAAUAUA